AUGUCACCUACCUUUAUCUCGGUAUCCGAUCCGAUCGGAGAUUUUCUUGAUCGUGGCUCAAUGCAAAGUGAAGUUUUGUUGUUCAUUUUAUUCAUGAAAUUACGCUGGCCAGAAUAUGUAUACUUAUUACGUGGAAGUCAUGAAUUGCAUGAUCUUACGAAACAUGAUUUCAAAAAUCAGUGCCUGAUGGAUUACGACGAUCCGGCCAUAUUUGUUUGCAUUAAUCAAUUAUUCGAUUAUUUUCCAUUAGCAGCAAUUAUUUCGGGUUAA